AUGGAGCAAAGAGGUUGGUCUCUGCAGUGUGCUGCUUUCGCUCUCUUUUGCGCUUGGUGUGCACUGAACAACGUAAAAGCCAAAAGGCAGUUUGUCAAUGAAUGGGCGGCGGAGAUCCCCGGAGGGCCGGAGGCUGCCUCUGCCAUCGCCGAGGAGCUGGGCUAUGACCUCUUGGGUCAGAUUGGAUCACUUGAAAAUCACUACUUAUUCAAACACAAAAAUCAUCCUCGAAGGUCUCGAAGAAGUGCUCUUCAUAUCACUAAGAGGUUAUCUGAUGAUGAUCGUGUGAUAUGGGCUGAACAACAGUAUCAAAAAGAGAGAAGCAAGCGUUCAGUUAAAAAAGACUCAGCAUUGAAUCUGUUUAAUGAUCCAAUGUGGAAUCAGCAGUGGUACCUGCAAGACACCAGGAUGACUGCAGCUCUGCCCAAACUAGAUCUCCAUGUGAUACCCGUUUGGCAAAAGGGCAUUACAGGCAAAGGAGUAGUUAUUACUGUACUGGAUGAUGGCUUGGAGUGGAAUCACACAGACAUAUAUGCCAAUUAUGAUCCAGAGGCUAGCUAUGAUUUUAAUGAUAAUGAUCAUGAUCCAUUUCCCCGAUACGAUCUCACAAAUGAAAACAAACAUGGGACUAGAUGUGCAGGAGAAAUUGCCAUGCAAGCAAACAAUCACAAGUGUGGUGUUGGAGUUGCAUACAAUUCCAAAGUCGGAGGCAUAAGAAUGCUGGAUGGCAUUGUAACAGAUGCAAUUGAGGCCAGUUCAAUUGGAUUCAACCCUGGCCAUGUGGAUAUUUACAGUGCAAGCUGGGGCCCUAAUGAUGAUGGGAAAACUGUGGAGGGUCCUGGGAGACUAGCUCAGAAGGCAUUUGAGUAUGGUGUCAAACAGGGGAGACAAGGGAAGGGCUCCAUCUUUGUUUGGGCCUCUGGGAACGGGGGUCGUCAGGGAGAUAAUUGUGACUGUGAUGGCUACACAGACAGCAUUUACACCAUCUCUAUCAGCAGCGCCUCCCAGCAAGGCCUGUCACCCUGGUAUGCCGAGAAGUGCUCCUCCACACUGGCCACCUCCUACAGCAGCGGUGAUUACACAGACCAGCGAAUAACAAGUGCAGACCUCCACGAUGAGUGCACAGAGACCCACACGGGCACCUCAGCCUCUGCGCCUCUGGCUGCUGGCAUCUUCGCGCUGGCCUUGGAAGCAAACCCAAAUCUCACCUGGAGAGACAUGCAGCAUUUGGUUGUCUGGACCUCUGAGUAUGACCCAUUGGCCAAUAACCCAGGUUGGAAAAAGAAUGGUGCAGGCUUGAUGGUGAACAGUCGAUUUGGAUUUGGUUUGCUAAAUGCCAAAGCUUUGGUGGAUCUGGCUGAUCCUAGGACCUGGAGAAGUGUGCCUGAAAAGAAAGAAUGUGUUGUAAAAGAUGAUGCCUUUGAGCCUAGAGCCCUGAAAGCUAAUGGAGAAGUGAUUGUUGAAAUCCCAACAAGAGCUUGUGAAGGACAAGAAAAUGUUAUCAAGUCCCUGGAACAUGUACAGUUUGAAGCAACAAUCGAAUAUUCUCGUAGAGGAGACCUUCAUGUCACACUCACUUCUGCUGCAGGAACCAGCACCGUACUGUUGGCUGAAAGGGAGCGGGAUACAUCCCCCAAUGGCUUUAAAAAUUGGGACUUCAUGUCUGUUCACACAUGGGGAGAGAAUCCUGUAGGCAUCUGGACAUUGAAAAUUACAGACAUGUCUGGAAGAAUGCAAAAUGAAGGAAGGAUUGUGAAUUGGAAGCUGAUUUUGCAUGGGACCUCCUCUCAACCAGAGCACAUGAAGCAGCCCCGUGUGUAUACAUCCUACAAUACUGUCCAGAAUGACAGGAGAGGAGUGGAGAAGAUGGUGAAUGUGGUAGAGGAGCAACCCACACAAAAGAGCCUGAAUGACAAUCUCCCGGUGCCUCAAAGCUCCAGCAGCAGCAGUGUGGAGAGCAGAAGAGAUGAGCUAGCACAAGGGGCUCCUUCAGAGGCCAUAAUACGGCUCCUACAAAGUGCUUUCAGCAAACACCCACCUUCAAAGCAAUCACCAAAGACGUCUCCAGGUGCAAAGCUCAACAUCCCUUAUGCGAAUUUCUAUGAAGCACUGGAAAAGUUAAACAAACCCUCCUGGCUUGAAGACUCUGAGGACAAUCUGUAUAGUGACUAUGUUGAUGUUUUCUAUAAUACCAAACCUUAUAAGCAUAGAGAUGAUAGGCUGCUGCAAGCUCUUGUAGACAUUCUGAAUGAGGAAAAUUCUUAA